GACAGGCGGGAGAUGGGCUCUUAAAGGGGCGGCUCGGCUCGACUCGGCGGCGGCUCGGCUCCGGUGGGGUGUGAGGGAGCGGCGGUCGGUGGUGCCGGGGGAAGAUUGUCUUUAACUUGAUUACUUACAAGAAAUAGUUCCUCAUCAUGGCUGAACUAUCACCCGAAGAAAUUCAGCUGAGGGCCAACCAGGUCACUGAUGAGUCUUUGGAAAGCACAAGGAGGAUACUUGGCUUGGCCAUCGAGUCCCAGGAUGUUGGCAUCAAAACUAUCACCAUGCUGGAUGAACAGGGAGAGCAACUGAAUCGCAUAGAAGAAGGCAUGGACCAGAUAAAUAAGGAUAUGAGAGAAGCUGAGAAGACGCUGACAGAGCUCAACAAAUGUUGUGGGCUCUGUGUCUGUCCUUGUAACAGGACAAAGAACUUUGAGGCCAGCAAGGCCUACAGAGCAACCUGGGGAGAUGGAACGGAGAACUCAGCAGAUCAUGUCAUAUCCAUGCAACCAAGAAGUCUAAAUCGGCAGCAGCCUCAGACUUCUGGGGGACCAAGUGGUGGAUAUAUUACAAGGAUAACAAAUGAUGCCAGAGAAGAUGAAAUGGAUGAAAAUCUUGCUCAAGUGGGAAACAUUCUUGGGAAUUUGAAAAACAUGGCUUUGGAUAUGGGCAAUGAGAUUGAUGCCCAGAAUAAACAAAUAGAUCGGAUAAAUGUAAAGGCUGAUACAAACAGGGAACGCAUUGAGCAAGCCAACAUCAGAGCCAAGAAACUAAUUGACAAUUAAAGCCUGCUGUCAUUGUUCAAUGACACUGUCUCUCCAGCUGCAAGCCACCGUAUUCAUGGAUCUGUGAAACCUCUCCUAUUCUGAAAUCUGAGGGGCUGGGAAAAAUGAAGCAUUACCCUUUCUAUAGGGGAUUAAUUUUCUUUUUUUAUUUUUUUUAUUGCUUCAUGUAAAUGUGGCCUUGACUCUAAGAAAGCAGCCAACAUAACUUCCUCCCACUCAUCUGCCUUCACUUUCUUUAAAUUGCUCAGGGCUAAAAGUGUUAUGGCUUUGAGGAUCUUCUUGCAUGUUUUAUUCCCCCUCCCAGUCUCUUUUUUUUUUUAUCUGCACACAAAAUACAGUCCUUUAUUGAAGUUGAACAAGCAGGGUAACCUGAACUCACAGUUGUGGAAAGUUGGAGAGGGCACUUUGCACUGUUUGAAAUACCUCAUAAGUUGAGUGUCUUCACUAAAGUAGGGACUUGGUGAAUAUUGUCUGACUUGUAUCUCUCACAGGCUAACCAUAGUUUUACAGUCCAAACCACACCAUGGGUUUGGGGUUCAGUUUGUGCAUUACAGAACUGAAGAGGCCACUACUUACUAGUAAUGGGUUGAGGGCUUUAAAACACUUCCUGGCCACAGGAACUUUAAGGAUAAGAUAACUGGAAGAUUAUAAAGGUUUCUGUUUCUUUACUGUAAAUUGACAUCGGUUUGGAGGCCAUGACUAGUAAAUCAUGCUGUGUUGUUCUGGUAGUAUUUGUUGUGUGUAAAUAUACCUGAUCUGAACCCUAUGCACAUAUGAGUAGAAGAACAUAAAGCUAUCUCCCUAAAGUAUUUAUUUGAUGGAAAAUUUUAUGCCCCUCAUCUAAAAGGUAACUUUUAAAUGUUUGAAUUAUGCAUCUUAACUGAAGGAACUGAGUAGAAAAGCAUGCAGCUUUCUUGCAUCCCAUGUAGGAUUCUAUUAUGGCCAGUUUUCACUGGAGGCCAGUUUAUGCCUUUCUUCAGUCCAAAUUAAUGGCUCAGAUCUGGUGCAGGGUUUGCUCUCAGACUUUGGGGGAGCUUCUUAAACCUACUGAAAACAGAGAAGCUUAUUAUGAAACUUCUUUGUCACAAGUCUGGAGUAAGCAGUGCUAGUGCUAAAUAAACUAGUUCUAAAUAGAUUCCUGACUGGUUUAUUAUUGCAGACUUUGGGACUGGCAAUUAGAAAUUUUACAUGUCUAGGUUGCUUGCGACUAAAAUGUUCCUGUUCUGUUGCAGAAUAGAGGAGUUUCUGACCAGGUGAGGUAAAGCUCUCUUCCUAUGAAGAAGAAAAACAUUUUGGUUUUACUGUAAUAUAAUUUGAUUUAUUCCCAGGAUUUUCUUGAUUAUUUUUUUAUAGCAAGUAAAUUGCAAGUAACCUAUAUAACUUUAAUUCCACCCAGCAAUAGAUUAUGCCUUAAAGGUGAAUAUGAUACUUUGGACUAACCUCUGAUGCUCAAUGUUGGAUGACAAAAAUUUUCAAACCAAAUGGAUUGGAGGAAUAAUUAAAACUAGUAGCAUUAUGGGGUGUGUUUUUGGGAAGACAGUCCACAAGUAUCCUGCAGCCAUUAAUAAUGAAUUCCAGAGUUAGAGAUGACACUAAUUUGCUGAAAUGCAAGACAAACAGUCUUAAGUGUUUGGUUUUCUUUUUAGUAGAAAUGCAAUCAGUAUUACUGGUAUAUUCUCAGUUCAGUCCCAGGAAAACUUGACAUUUAAAGGAAGAAAAACCUAAACAAAACCACAAACCCCACAACAAACCACAAACAAAAGAAGAAAACAAAACACAAAAAAAACCCCCACACCACCUGACCAAAGGAUGGAGUUGCUGCAUGUAAUAAAUAGGCCAGUGGUCUUAUGUGAAUACGGUGAAGUCCUUUUUAAGGGACUUGGAUACUGCAGUAGGCUUCUGUCUGGCUUCCAGUAAUAGUUGGAAAGCUAAUGAAUUUUAAAAGCUCAUUAUGUACCCCAUUAGUAAAUUAAAUUGCGAUUGAAAACACAAGUAGCAAAGAAGUACUUUUAAGAACAUUGCAUAGCAAACUUCUAACAACUGCUUCCAUGAGAAAUCAUAGGGUAUUUAUAUACUUUUUUUUUCCCCCCUUUUUAGAAACUUUAGGUUAACUGAAGGGAUAUUUGCUGCUGGUUUUGAGAGCAAAGUAUACAUUAUUUAACUAUGAUUGUCUCCUGGAGCAGAAGAUUUAAAGUAGUUACCUUUUUCUGCUUACAGUAGUGCAACCUGCUCUGUAGCAUCUGGAAGUUCCAAGCGUUGGAAUGGUUCUCUCCCUUGCCAUUACAUGUCCAUGUUCUUCACUUCCCUGAGCUCUAGCAACAACUCAGCAUGUUGGCUGUGAAAAUGCUGUGAUUGGUAUAUCAGAACGGAAGUAUUGCAGUGAGUACCACACAAGGAAAUAAUUUCUGAGACUCUCAUCUUGACUAUUAGCAGAGUAUCAAUACUAUUUUCUGAUGCAGCAAGAGCCAAAUCCGUGAGGGAGUUGGUGCCUUUAUUUUUGCGAACAACGUGGUCGUCAUCUUGGAUUGUCUUACUGUUGUCUGUAGAAUAGAUGCUUCAAUUUCUGUAUCUAUGGGAUGGAAUCAACACUUGUAUGUCUUCGUAUUUCUGAAUGCUAUUAAGAAUGAUGGUUUACAGUUUCUGCUUUUGAUUGUUAAAACUAUAUAUUGUGCACAAAAAUACAUACUUUUAUAACUGAA